UGUGGUAUAGGUCAGGUCUCAUAAGUUUAUAUAUACUUCUGAAUUUUGUUGUGGAAAAAUAAUAAUACGUAUUUAUAUGUAAACGACGAGAUUAUCCAAUUUAUUGAAAAGUUACUUUUUGUACUGUGUAUUACAUACAUUCGAUAUUACGGUAGAACUAUAAUAAGUGAGAUUGUGUAAUUAAUACUAUCUUGUGAUUUUUCAAAUAACCAAAAUGCGACAACAAUUAAUUGAUACAAAAGUCAGUUCUCAUACUUCCGGAGAGGCUGAUGAAUGUCUUUUCGAAUAUUUACAUGCAGAGAUAGUUAAUUAUGCUCUGAGCAAAUCAUGUAAAAAUAAGGAAGGGGAAGAAGAACUGUCUGGACUAGAAUGGAUGGGAUUCAGUGUUGGCUACAGAAUCAUUGAACGAUUGACGCGAGAAUGGAAUCGAUUUAAAGAUGAAUUGGAUAUGAUAAAAUUUAUCUGUACUGAUUUUUGGUCCAGUCUUUAUCAUAAACAAAUUGAUAAUUUAAGAACAAAUCAUCAUGGUGUGUAUGUAUUACAGGAUAAUUCAUUUCGUCUGUUGAAUAAAGUAGGUACUAAUAGCAACAAGCAAUACCUUCAAGAAAGUCCACGUUUAUUAGCAUUUACUUGUGGACUUUUAAGAGGAAGUUUAGCAAAUCUUGGAAUCAUUAGUACUGUUAAUGCAGAAAUUUCCACAUUACCUAGCUGUAAAUUUCAUGUACAAGUCCAAAGAAUUUAA